GUCAGACCAGUCCAACCUUGCGAAAAAGGGGAGAAAGUUAAUCCAGUAUAUUUGUAACCGAUUCAAAGAACUCCACCACGGAUUCGUUCCACCACAAGUAAGCCGUAAUGGCGGGUAGUUCACGUCACAGCUCAGCCGAACCCACUUCCGCAAGCCGCCGUCUUUCACAGGACUCAGACGAUGAUGAUGAUGUUGACAGUGAAGAACUGUGGCACCACAGGAGGAUCCAGCAGCAGGUGGGCUACCUCAGUCUUGGAGGCAGCUUUAGUGGAGGUCUGUCACCACAGCCCUCCUCCAGUGUGGAAUGCGAGCGCCGUGUCAGUCCCCUGGAUCCCAACCUCUCCUCGGCAGCCAGGUACUCUCCCCCUCCCCCCUAUAACAGUCCUAUGGGGGGCAUCGAGGGGUCUCUAGAGCACCCUGACUCCCCCAUGGAGGACCUGUCACAUGGGAGCUCCUUACCACGUUUUCCAGUAGGUGUGAGUAGCAGCAUGCCCUCUGGCACCCCAAGCCUGGUGGUCUCAGAGACACACAGAGCUACACCAGAUGACCACGAACCUGGCAGUCGAGGGGGGAGCAGCCUAGGGGUCUCCAACAGCCUCUUUUCUACACAGCGAAUCUUGGGGCGGGCACAAGCUAGGUGGGGGUCGCCACACAUAGUUACAGAUGAGGAUGAUGAAGAUGAGGAGGAGGAAGAAGAUGAUGAUGAAGAAGAGGAGGAGGAAGAGGAUAGUACACCAGCAACACCCAUUGAGAGUGUGUGGGCCAAGCAGAGGAAGCUGAACCUGGGAGAGGUGGCUCGCAGCUCUGCUCUUCAGGCAGGUCCCAGUGGCAUUCAGGGGGCCCCCCAGCCUGGGCCCAGCCGCAUUGAGGAUGAGCAUUGUGCUGACCCUAAUGAGGUGGAGUCUGUCCAUUGUGCAGGCCCCAGUGGUGUUGAGGCUAUUCAUUGUGCUGGCCCCAGUGGCCUGCAGGAUCUAGCAAGGCCAGGACCCAGCAGCAAUCUCCACACAGCCCCCCAACCCAGCCCAAGCAUUCUCCAAGCAAUCCCACAGCCAAGUCCUUCAGGGGAUGGGAUGGUAUCUCAGACCAAUGGAUGUCGAUCUCCAAACAGUGACACAGACAGUGAGAGUGAUUCACCAGAGAACUUACCUCCAUUUAGCUCUAGCCCAGGACCCUCGGGCAUCGGCAGCCAGUUAGUCCGGCUGAGUGAUGGAGAGGCAGAAGCACUUGUAGGGAAUGUAUCGGGGUGUGAGGCUAGCAGCAGCAUCAGGGGACAGGCAUCCCCUCUAGGCUCCCCAAGAACACCUGCUGAUAACUGCAUUGUCUCAUCAUCUACUGGUCACAUAGACUCUAUACCUCCAACUCCAGCAGAAUUUCAAGGGAAUGAUGUCUCUGGGCCAAGCAGUCCUGUUUCCCCAAGUUUAGCCAGUGUAGCCAUUCUGGAUUCUACAGUUGAUUCCACAAGUGGAAGAGGAAUAAUGGACCCUCAGGGUGACUCAUCAGAUGAUGAUUCUGAUGACAAUCUGGCACCAUCUGACCAGAUGCAAUUGCCAGUCAUGGCAGAUGAAGGAGCAGAAAUAUCCACAUCAGAAAUUGGUUUGCAGCAUAGUGAUGACAGUCAAGAUGUUGGCAUGCUUGUCAGCCCGCAAGGCAUGUUCACCAGUGGCCGAGCAAGUGCUAAUAGAUUUAUUGAGCAGUUCUCUCUCUCUUUGUCGCACUUUUCUACCAACUCUCUUGAUGCUAGCUUAUCUGGAGAUGUCAGUGACCAAAGGACACCCCAAAACACACCUCCACCUCCCCCAGAUCCUGGGCCUUACCUGGAUGACCCACUAGCAAUCCCUGGCCCCAGCAGGCUCUCACUGCCAUGCCCAGAGCAGCCAGUGAGCAGUCAGGCCCAAGCAGUCGCAGCAGUAAGCCAGGGGAAUGAUUUCCCCUCAACAUCCAGUACACAAAUGUUAGCACACCCAGUUGAGGUUCUAGACAGUAGUCUACCACUUCUGCAUAUCUCCUCAGAGUUGCCAGUUUGCAGUUCAGCACCAGAUAAUAACCAGUUACAAGAAGCAGGAAGAUCUGAUGGUCUAGAGCCCCUUGUCACCAUAGCUAGCAGUGCAUCAAAUAGUUUGAACAGUGACGACUUGGCAGGCAGCUCAGGCAACCAGGCCCUUAGUCAGCUGAACCAGUCUUAUGUUCUGGAGCUGAAUGAGGAUAGUUCCCUGAACAGUGAUGAUGCCCUAAGCUCAGGGUCCCUUGUGGGAAAGGAUGACCUACAGAAUCAAGGGGUAAAUCAAGCUGAUUUCAGUAACUUAGACAGCUCUCACCACUCACUAGUCGACCCAUCACGUAUUAGUGCUAGUUCGCUCAGUACAUCCCUCAGUCUGACCCUGGCCUCCUCAGAGUUGAAUGGGGUCAUAGAUGCAGCCAUGCCUGGCCCCUCCCAGCAGCCCUCUCUUUCUCAACACAUUCUUCCUUCACAGCCCGAUCAGGUGUCUCUCCUAGUUGGUAGUGGUGAUGACAGUAAUGAUGGAGCCUUAUUAAUGAUGCUGUCCUCCAAUUCCCACUCUCUCCAUGAUCCUUUAGUCCUAGGAAAGCAGUUACAGAGGGAAGCUAGUAACCUUGUAUCUCAACUCAGGCCAGAAUCUCAGGCUCUCCAACCAUGUAGUAGUGACAGUGCUGCUAAUGACUCUCUACAAGAUGCUAGUGGACAAAGACAGAAUGAAGUCAAUUCUUCUGUCAGUGAUUCAGGUGUCCCAGGCUUUAUUGGACCGGAUAUUUGGUGUGGAGAUUGUGAACAGGCGUAUUCCCAUGAGUGCCCACAACAUCGAAUACAAGCAAUCUCAGACAAACCAGUUAGGACAAGAGCCUGGGCUUCUCUUCCUGCGCAACAUCUCAUCAUUCGUAAAAUUGCAGACACAGAAGAAUAUGGUGUGUUUGUACGCAAGGCCAUUCCAAAGCGCACACAAUUCGGCCCCAUAGAAGGUGUCUUGAAGGAAGACUCAGAUGGGUCAGUGUCUCCACACGGCCUUAUCUACACCAUAAAGCAGGGUGAUCAGACGCUGCACCUUGACACUUCCGAUGAAGCCACCUCCAACUGGAUGCGAUUCGUGCGUCAGGCCACCACAUACCUUGAGCAGAAUUGUGUAGUCAUGCAAGUGGAUGAGAACCUUGUCUUCCUCACUACCACAGACAUUGCCCCACGCACAGAACUCAGAGUUGGGUACUCAAAGCAAUAUGGUGACAAAAGAGGCCUUCACAUCCUGCAGCCAACAGCAGAGGAGAUUAAGAUCCUUGAGUCACUGAGGAAGUCCUGGCCGUGCUAUGAAUGUGAUGAGGCCUUUGAGUCAUCAGCAGAACUACAGCAGCAUCUGGUCUGUCAUGAUGAGGAGGUUGGUGAAGAGGAGAAGAAGAAGCGAAAGAGAAUAAAGACAAGGCGACCCAGGAACAAUGGAGAGGUGGAGACUGGUGUGAAGAGGCUUGCCAAGAAAGUGAAGGUUUCAGGUGAAGAGACAUCAGGAGCUGGGACUUCUUCACAAGCAGAUGUCAACAGCAGACUUGCUAUGCCUGCUGUAGAAGGUAUACAGCACAGCCAGUGUACCACCUGCAAUUUGGUAUUCACUAUGCCAGAGCUGCUGAAAAUCCACCAACACACACAUGAAGGAGCACAGGUGCAGGAGGGUAAUGAUGCCUUGGUGAAAAUGAAGCUGAAGGAGAAGGCAUGUCCUCAGUGCUUCAAGUUUUUUGAGGCAGCAGAGGAGCUGUUAGCACACAUAGGAGGACAUGGAUUCUUCCUUCCUCUUCAAGCCAAGCCUCAUAAGUGUGACUUCUGCUAUAAGUCAUUCUUGCGUCGUGAGCGGCUGGAGGCGCACAUGGCUGUCCAUGGCAAUGAGACGGAGAAGCCCUUCCGAUGUAGCCUCUGCCUCAGACGCUUCUGUAGCAAUACAGCUCUUAACACACACAUCAAGUUUCAUAUUGAGGGCAGUAAAGGCUAUGACUGCCCGAUUUGCAGGGAGGGAUUCUUCUCCGUAGCCGGGCUGAAGUCCCAUGUAUCCUCGCACUGUGUCAAUGGGGAAUACGCUUGUCCGACUUGUAAAAAGGUUUUCCCCACGUAUAGUAAGAUUCGCCGGCACAUUCGUUCAUACCACGCCAUCAUGCCUCACACAUGUUCCAUAUGCAGCAAGGAGAUGCCAUCUGUGGACAAACUCAAGAUUCAUAUGCUUAGUCAUUCAGAGCGUCGUGACUUCCUGUGUCCAGACUGUGGCAAGAGGUUCAAGCGGAAGGAUAAGCUCCGCGAGCACUCUAAGCGCAUGCACUCAAAUGACCGUGAGGCUAAGACUUCUAAAGCAGUCGCCAAAGGGCCCCCCAAGUUUGUCCCAAAGGUUGAUCCUGCUGAUUACAAACAGUUUUUGUACAAGUGCCACACCUGCCUCUUGGGGUUCAAGCGGCGUGGCAUGCUUGUUAACCACCUGGCCAAGCGUCACCCAAACAUUGACCCGUCAACAGUACCUGAGCUGAACCAACCCAUCCUCAAGGCAAAGCGAUGUUACAGCUGCCAGCAUUGUGAUAAGAUGUACCGCAGCAGUAGCAAGAGGAAAUUACACAUCCUGAAGUAUCACCCUGGAGCAGAGCUUCCACCACCUUCCACUAAUCACAAUGAGAAUGAGAAUGGUGAGGUCCCUGCAUACUCCAAGACAAACCCUCAUCCAUGCUUAUGGUGCUACCGCCAGUAUACAACUCGGGCCCGGCUCCUGCGGCACCAGCGGCACCAUCACCCUGACCUCUGCAAUCACAAGUCACAGAUGAAGGAGUACUCUGCUGAAGCACCAGAAGCAGCAGUGGAGGAAGAUGAGGCUCAGAUGGAGGCUCCAGCAGGCUUGUCAGGGGAACUGACCCUUGGAGGCCAGCUUGUCACAGAUGCAAGCAUCUUGAGGAACCAUCGAUUAGUAAGCUUGACCAGAGGAGAGUCUGAGGAAGCUGGUGUGGAGGUGAAAGAGGAUGACCUUCUGACCCAAGCUAUGGGGGAGAUCACUCCCCUCAGCGGCGGUGAGCAAUAUGUGCGCAUAGUUGGCACUGGAGCAGAAGGGCAGCAAGUAGUUGUGGGAACAGCGCAAGGUGGACGUCCUUUGCUGGUGAGUAGCGAUGGAGGGCAGCAGGGUGCCACCCUGGCUCUGGUCACCACAGAUGGUCCAGAGACAGUGACACUCUCUCUUCCUGCCGGGCAGUUUAUCUCUCUUAUUCCUGGGUUGCCUGUUGCGGGCACUGCCUCUACAGUGACCUCAACCUCCCGAACUGUAACCAGUGGUAGCAGUUCAGUCAACAUACACACUGUUGAGGGACAAGAUGGGGCAGGCACCAGUGGAGACCUGCAGGGGGAAGGUGUCCCAGCUGCUAUCAGGAUGGCCCAGGGCUUUGGGCAAGCAAUAAGUGGGAGUGAAGCUGAGGGUGUUGAACAGGUGGUGCUGGAGACCCACCCGCCCUCAUCCCCCUCGACAUCUGUUGUCUGGCCACAGGCUCUGACCUUUGCCAGCACCCCAAACUAACAUCUCAUCUCUAUUAAGAGGAUGUUGCAUACUAGCUGUUACAUAGAUUGGUCAGGGGUUAUCAAUACUAGAAAGGAUUUAGUCAGCUUGAUCAGAGGUAUUCAGCAAUGUCAUGCAAUUACCUGUGUAUUCCUCUAGAUAGCUGGGGUCAUUGACCUGGUUGUUGGUAGGGUUUUGGCAAUGCUUUUGAGAUCGAUUUAGGCUUAAGGAAAUCAAAGGAGUAUGGGAUGUUUCAUAAUAGCUGAAAAGGUAAAUAUGGUAACAGUAUUAUUUAUUGACUUCUUAGCACUUAUAUUUGAACAGAUUUCAAAGCUUCCACAAGAACCAAUAUAUAUUCAUUUUUAAGGCUUGUAUAUAACAGACCAAUCUCUGUUAUUGCUUUUAUUUAACUACGUCUCAUUCUUGAUAUUAUGUAAUGUAUUUGAAUUUCCAAACUGGAAAGUAUUUGUGAUAUGUUGUCAUGUCCAUGCAAGUUACAAACUGCAUAUCAAGGUAAGUAUCAAAAGUGCAUCAGAAAUCAGAUGUUCUACAAGAAUUGCCAGGCAUAUUAUCCAAGACCUUAGGCUUAAUUACAAAGUUGUUCAUGACAUUGUUAAUAUAUUUUAUAUGCGAUUUUUUUUUUUAAAUGAAAUGUUGCUGUGCCUCUGCUGAUGUGAGAGAGUAAGUUGUUAUUGUUUGUGGGAGAAUCUCCUAUCCAGAUGAUAAUUUCUGUAACUGUUUGUAUAUACUACUGUGUGUAUAUAUAUACAGUAUGUGUAUAUAUAUAUACAAUAUGUGAUGACCAUGCACAAAUAGUACAUUCAAGUACUAAUGUAAAUUAUUUAUUUCAGUUCUUGUUUAGGACACCGCCUUUUAUUUUGUAGCCAAAAGAAAAUGUAUCAUGUUGGAAGGAAAGUGAAUUUAUAAUAAUAUGACCAGAACCCCCCCACCCCCCCCCUUUACUUUUUCUUCAUAUUUAGUCCUGGUCACAAGUGUCAGUUACACACAUUGUGUAUAAAGUGAAUUAUCAGUAUUUUAAGAAGCUGCUGCAGGAAACCUUGGCAUGUAUCCUUUUACGUAAUCUCAUAUUGGUGAUAAAUCAGUGGAACCAACCAACAAUAAAAUUAUAUUACCUACACAACAAUAGCUGUUUGCUAAAUGGUUUAAGAAAGUUAUCACACUACCAAUAUUCUGCCUGGGGUUCUCAGGAUUGCCUUAUUAGGCUGCCGUUCCUCUUUGCUUACUUUUUAGGAAUUUAGCUCUUGAGGUUGUGAAGGGUGGAUAAAAAACAUCCUAUUUGUUUUUCACUUCUCUUGUGUUCAUUUUCUUGAAUACGUUCAAUAUGUUGGUACAUUCAACUGUCAGUAUAAUUUGGAGUAUGCUUAAGGAUUUAGCCUGAAUAUAAGUGUACUUUUAUUUUUUUAAUGGUGAAUUUUGCUUGGGUUACAGGCCCAUAUUAUUGAGUGUUAUAUAUUAUUAAUGAACUAUAUUCAAAUGAUGUACUUCAUAUAUCUUACAGUAUAAUUUAUGAUGACGUAUUAUUUAUAUUAUCAGUAUGUUUUGUUAUCCGUAUACAAAUGCCCUCAAACUAUUGGUGGAAUUGUAAUACUUAGAGGGAAAGGAAUGACUUCUGUAUCAUGUGUUUUGUAGUGGUUCACAUUAACAACUGCAAGCUUUUUAUAUAGGUGGGAUAAACUUUGAACCCAUAUUAUAUUUUGCUCAAAUUGCAGCACAAAGGGAGUCGGUAGGUAGGAUAGGAACACAAGGGAGUUGGGUUUUAGAUUUCUAAAAUAAUGUCAGAUAUGCUUCAAGCCUCAGACAGGGUCCUGGCCUCAUACAGUCACUCUGAAUAAUUACAGUGAAGGCAGUCACACAACUCAUCUAUAUAGUUAGUUAAUUCUGUGCCUUGGCUGGAAUGAAAAAAUAGCUCUUUAGAAAAAAAUUGAACGUUUAUCAAAUGAAUUAUAUUAUGCCUUGUAAAGAGAAAUUCAGGCCUAAGAUGGGUGCCCUUUCAAGACUUUGAUUAUGGCAUUGUCGCCCUUUAGUGAUUGGAUGCCAAACAAUAGCUUAAGGAUUCAAACAGUCCACUGUGUCAUCCUCAGACUUUCAUUAUCUUUGCCUCUUGGCAUCCCUUAGUUUCAUAUGUCCAUAUUCUGUAGGUGCCACGGUUUUCUUUUAAGUAUUUUCCAUCUUGGUGCUCUAGAUAUGAUUCCUCAUAGUGUUGGAAGUAGUUCUUGGGUGUCUUAUGUCCCUACCUUCUGCCUGUCAUCAGUUGUUUUGAGUACAGUACAUCUCAAAGGACACAACAUUCCUCUUUUUAUAAUGAGACGUUUAAGUUUGCAAUGUUGCAAACAAUAGCAUAAACAUAGAUAAAAAACUGAGCUAGUCAGCAAAAGAGGUCAUUCAAGAUGUUCCCUGAUUUUUGAAACAAUGAUGAAGACCCAGAAUAUGGACUUUGUUUUAUUAUUGUUAUUUGUAUUUUUCAUUAUUAUUAUUUUAUUUUUCUCUGUUACUUGUUUAGUAUCUUCAAUCAUUUCCUUAUUCUGCAACAAAUUAAAUCAUGGGAAAUGGAUCUGUAAUAACAAAUGCAAAUUCAAACUGUACCAUGAUUAUUGUUUGUCAAAUACUGUAUGAGACUUCAUUUUUUUUCUUUUCUUCUCUUUUUUUUUAGAUUAAUAUAGCAGAGUAGGAUAUUAUAUUUUCAUGUUCCUUGCAAUAUAGAUUACAAGCUUUUGUAUAAAAAGGAUAGAAUACAGGAAUGAGGCAGUUGACUCUGCUUAGGCUGAUGAAUUCUGUGAUGCUGUAGUCUAAUCCUGGAGUCAUUCUGUUGGUGAUAUGCCAGGGAUAUAAUGCUGAGGUUAUAGAGUUUCUUGUCUGUUAGUAAAGUUUGUUGGGAAAUAUCUGACCAAUUAUUGAAGUGUAGUACAGGGAAUUAUUAAUUUUAGUUAUUUAUGAGCACAUUUUCACUUUUUGAGGAGAUGGUAAGGUCUUAGAUGCUCAAAGUGGACCAGAAUCCAAUUAUGAAUUGAAGAAAUGGAGGAUUUACACUUGGUUUUGGGAUAUCUAAAUGCAUUAAGUUCAGGCAUGCAACAAUAUGUUGUUAUUGUUUUGUAUAGGAUCUGUUCUCUAAUCCAUUUAAGAAUCUAAGAAAAGUUUAUGUAUUGGUAAGGGUAAUAAGAUAUAUUUAGCACAAAUAUAUUUGCAUACUUAUGCACAGCUUAACAUGCAUUGAAUGGGAAAACAUGAGAUACACUACUUAUAAACAAAUAAAUGUGCAUACAUAUGCACUCACACUAACACUUUGAACACAAUUGUAAUUGUUAAUAAUACACUACACCAAAAGAGUAAGCAAUAAAGAUACAGAUGAUUAUUUCCCUCUCAGCAUGUGCAGAGAGAAUAUAUACCGAGUACUGCUUGUUAUUAUUGUUUUUUUUAUUAUUAUCAUUAUUACUGUUAUUUUCUUUUUUCUCUUUUUGAUUGACCCUAGUUUAAUCUUAAUUGUGACAGGGCAUGAAUUUUGGUGAUGUAAUAUUACAAUUGACAUUGUCAAAGUGGGUAGGCCUAAGCUUUGUACAGCUGGCCCACCCAUUACGUGUCAUGACUUAUAUAUAUGUCAUUAGGUCAUGAUGGCAAUAGCCGGACCCAUCACUGAAGGGUUAAGAAUUAGUCGUAAAAAUUGAAUCUUCAGGUUGCUGACUUGCUAAACCUUUCAGAAGUAGCUUCAAAGCCUGAGUUGUCUGAACCUAAAGUGCUCUUGAACUUUGCAGAUCUCAAAUUAUAUAUAUAUAUAAAUAUUACAGGAUGUCAGUUACUUGUGUAAGAGAAGGUUAAAUGCAAUUUAUUUUCUUCUUUUUUUAGCAUCAGCCUUUUCAUAGGUAGUAAUCUAAUAAGAGGAUAGAAAAGUUUCCGUUAAUAUUGCAUUUUGAAAGGAAAAUAUAAUAUUUAAUGCUUACGAAAGGCUUAGGUGAAACCAUAGUAGAAAUUGAAUUUAUCAAAUGAAACAGUAAGUGAAAUUUUGUUCAAGAAAAACUACAAAGCCAUAUUUUUUAUGAGUAAAAUAAACUGCAGGUCCUAACUUUGUAACUCAGUUGUGUUUUCCAUUGCCAGAGUAAUACAAUUAAAAUUUACAAAUUUGUUUUGUAUGCAAUUAAAAGCUGUAAAAGCUUUUUCCAC